AUGAGCGUUGCUGGGGCUCGCAAAGGAAACGAGGCAGAGGGCACCGUCCUGCCUUCUACAGGCACGGAGAUUGACCCACCUGCAAACAACCCGAGAGCGAGCGAUCGGGCGAAUCACGCUGCGAGCGAGGUCAAUGACCUGACAGACGCCCCUUUUGCAUCGUCUUCGUUGGACAAGGUAGCUCUGGUGCUUCUUUCGGUCCAACACUUUUCCAACUCUUGGAUCUCUCGCUCUUCAGAAUUCGCUUUUCCACUCUUCUUUAUACAUCUAUACACCAACACCCUGCUUCCUUCUUCCCUCUACGGCUUUCUCACCACCGCCAUUGCCAUCGUAUUUUCUGGAAGCAUGGGUACCCUUGUGGAUCGCUUCAGGACUCGCAAGCUUGACUGCGUCAGAGCAUUUAUUGUCGCUCAAAAGCUCGCAACAAUGAUCAGCUAUGGUCUCUUCUGCUUGCUCUUCUACGUUAAAAAUCUGCAGAGCGAUGCGAAGAAUGAUGGACGAGGACAGGACGGUGGAGCUAGAAAUGCCAACGUGUGGUCCUUGCUUGCCGCCAUCGUCAUCGCUGGAUGCCCCCUCAUGUGAGUAUUGCCGACCUUCCAUACGGCUCGCAUGCCGCGCUGACCAGCCGCUCUUGCGUCUCUAUCUCACUCCGAAGCCUGAGCAACGUAGGUGUCUCGGUGGCAGUCGAGCGAGACUGGGUGACGACCAUCUCCGAAGGCUCUCAAGCCCGACUUUCAAGGCUAAAUGCGAUCAUGUGAGCGCCUUCGAGAGCGCCUACAUACAUAGCAAUCAGCACGCUUUGCUGUGCUGACCCGAAAAUCCUUUUCCCCGCAAUGCUUGGGAAAUACCAGGCGGCGCAUCGAUCUGUUGACAAAGCUUUUGGCCCCGCUCUUCGUCUCACUGCUCACUUCCACAGCUGGCUAUCCCACCAGCUGCGUCAUCUUGCUUGGCAUGAGCGGAGCAACUGCUGGCUUUGAGAUCAUCUGGAUCGGCACAGUGUAUCAUCGCUUCGGCGCGCUCAAAGCCGAUGAAGAUCGACUGAUCGGCGAGGAGCACGAGGCCAUCGAGCUGUCUAGCCCUGCGCCAAUCGAGGCAGUUGCCAGCGAGGCGCAAGCGGCAGCAUCUUUCCGGCUGCCUAAAGAAUCCCGGGCGCGGAUGUUGAGCUCUCAGCGCAAGCUGUACGUUUGGGCCAAAAGUCAGGCGCUGGACUGGCGCACAUUUGCAAUCAUGCCGAUCUUCACAUCUUCCAUCACCAUCGCUUUGCUGUACAUGAGCGCGCUCAGCUUUGACCCUCAGUUCAUCGCCUAUCUCAAGAGCGAAACGACGUACAGGUGAGUCGAGCGGAGCGGUCCGCCAGCAUCUUCCGUUCCAUCGCUGGUUUCACGUCGAGCUCACUUCUUCCAUCUCUUGCCUUAGCGAUGCUUUCGUGGCAGGCAUGAGGUCCAUUUGCGUUUUCACAGGUCUGAUGGGCACUUUUUAUGCUCCAUUUUCCCAUCGCAAAAUAGGGCUGGUCAGAACGGGUACUUGGUCACUUUUCAUCCUCCUCCUUCCUCUCGUCCUCACUCUGAUCGCAUUGUACAUCGGUGCGGAACCGGAAAAGUACAGACCGGCUUGGAACACAGCUCUGCUGUUCUCUGGCUUGGCCAUCAGCAGGAUAGGUCUUUGGUCCUUUGACCUUACUCAGCUUCAAUUGGUCCAGGUAAGUGCUCGAAAGCAUCUACCCAGAGAGAGACAUGCUGAUCUGACAUUUUUGCUUCUUCCCAUCUGCAGACCGCGCUGUCCACUCAUCCCCGACGCAACAGUCUGAUGGUUUUGCAAUUCGCCAUGCAAAACGCUUUCGUGAGUACAACGGCGCCCAUCUUGUCUUGAUGCGCAUCUCGUCAGAAGUCUGAUCGGAUACAUUUGCCUCGUGGACUUGCAGGAUCUGGUGAGUAUUGCUGGCUUUUUAGCACAACGUCGAGCGCAUCGCCGCAUCCCUUCUGAUGCUCAUCAUGCUGUGCAAUCCCUUGCGCAGGGCCACUAUGGACUUACCAUAGGAUGGUCUCGGCCGUCCGAGCUCCGCAACGCUGCCAUCACAUCCUACGCUUUCCUCAUCGUCGCCACAAUCCUCUACAUUGGCGUGUAUGCGCGAAGAGAAAGGGGUCAUCUGAUUCACCUAGACCGACUGGGCCUCGAAGGUCUUGAGCAUCUUUUGGGCGGCAAGCGAAGACAUGACUGA